CGCAGAAACGGGAACGGUACCGACCGGGGGAACAGACAGGAUGUGUGACAGGAACGGCGGGCGGCGGCUGCGGCAGUGGCUGAUCGAGCAGAUCGACAGCGAGCUCUACGCGGGGCUCAUCUGGGAGAACGAGGACAAGUCCAUGUUCCGCAUCCCCUGGAAGCACGCCGGCAAGCAGGACUACAACCAGGAGGUGGAUGCUUCCAUUUUCAAGGCCUGGGCUGUUUUCAAAGGCAAGUUCAAGGAGGGUGACAAAGCCGAGCCGGCCACAUGGAAGACGCGGCUGCGCUGCGCCCUGAACAAGAGCCCUGACUUUGAGGAGGUGACAGACAGGUCCCAGCUGGACAUCUCCGAGCCCUACAAGGUCUACAGGAUCGUGCCAGAGGAGGAGCAGAAGUGCAAAGCAGGGGUGGCCAACGGGAGCAGCCUGAACGAUGUCACCGACAUGGACUGCAGCUCCUCUGCCAUCGACGACCUCAUCAAGGAGCCCUCCUGUGUGGAUGAGUACCUGGGCAUCAUCAAGAGGAGCCCCUCACCCCCACAGGAGACCUGCAGGAACCCCCCAAUACCCGACUGGUGGGUGCAGCAGCCCAGCCCUGCGUUGCCCCUGAUGAAUGGAUACUCCAGCUAUGAGCAGUAUCACUCAGGUUAUUCCCAGAUGGUGAUCAGCUUCUACUACAGCGGGAGGCUGGUGGGCCACGUCAGCACCUCGUGCUCUGAGGGCUGCAGGAUCUCCCUGGGGCAGCCCUCGGGCCACGGGGAGAAGCUCUACGCCCCCGAUGCCCUGGAGCACGUGCGGUUCCCCUCGGCCGACGCCAUCCAGAACGAGCGGCAGAAGCAGAUCACCAGGAAGCUCUUUGGCCACCUGGACAGGGGUGUCCUCCUGCACAGCAACAAGCAGGGCAUCUUCAUCAAGAGGCUCUGCCAGGGCAGGGUCUUCUGGAGUGGCAACACCAUGGCCUACAAGGACAGGCCCAACAAGCUGGACAGGGAGGAUGUGGUGAAGAUCUUUGACACCAAUUUGUUCUUCCGAGAGCUGCAGCAGUACUACAACAACCAGGGCCGCUUCCCUGACAGCAGGGUCAUGCUGUGCUUCGGGGAGGAGUUCCCAGACGCGGUGCCCCUGAGGUGUAAACUCAUCCUUGUCCAGGUGGAGCAGCUGUACCUGAGGCAGGUGGUGGACGAGGCUGGCAAGAGCUGCAGCUCCAGCCCCAUGCUGCCCAUGGCUGAGGAGCCCCAGCACGAGCAGGGCUACCGGAUCUUCCAGGACAUCUGCACAACGCGGCCGCUCUUCAGGGAGAGCCAGCAGAUCGCAGUGUGAGCCCUGAGGGGCUGGCCUGGCCGCACCCAACUGGUCCCACCAGUGCCGAAAUGUCCUAAAAAGUGGCACUAAAAAGUGUCCUUAUUUUCUUUUUAUU